AUGGACCUACAAGAGCAGUAUGACAUUGUCAAACCAUGGCCUGAAAAAUACUACCACCUCAAGGCUUUCACAAACAGUCUCCAUGCAGAGAGGGAUGACCUGAAGGAGCAGUUCCAGGAUCUUCAGAGGACGCUCAAGAGACAGAGGGACUUCGGUCAAGCGUUUGAAGAGACGAUGUCUGUGACAAUCGAGAUAGUACGAGGAUGA